AUGAUCUCGGCGUGCACCGAUAGGACAGCCGCAUGUGAGAAGGAACCGCAGCAACUUGUUUGUAGUGUUGACGACAAGAGCAGCAAGUGCAUUGAGCAAACAGUUCUACGUUACCGGAGCUCACGACAAGUUUCAUUGCUGCAAACGUUUUAUCUGCUGUGUUUGCUGGUCAACAGCCUCUACUACCGGCAGAUGAGCAACGCAGCCUUCACGGCCCCCCUCCAAUUCUCGUCAUGCUCCAAAUUUUGCAAACCGGUUUCCACAAGCAUCCUUGCUACGCGUCCUGGUAUAUCCACACGGCGUCCACGUAAGGGUGGACGCGUUAUUACGUCAGCAGCGAAGACACAAGACGUGGACAAGUCCAAGGCGCAUUUGCGACCAACGACAAACAAUCCGGACUGGAUGUUCUACGAUGUUGCCCGCGUUCUUGUCAAAGGCGGUACAGGCGGCGACGGCUGCCUCGCCUUUCGCCGAGAGAAAGGAAUUCCGAAGGGCGGGCCAGCUGGCGGCUCAGGUGGUUCGGGUGGUUCAGUCAAUUUUGUCGCAACUGGCGGUGCCAACACGCUUGCCAAAUUCCGCGGAGGGGCCGCCUUUCGCGCUGUAGAUGGAUUGAACGGUACCGGGAAAGGUCGCACAGGCCAUUGCGCGAAGGACAUGACCGUCGCCGUUCCAUUGGGGACUGUUAUUCGCAAUUCGGAUGGACGCAUUCUGGCUGAUUUGUCCGAAGAAGGACAGACGUUUCGGGCUGCCACAGGAGGACGCGGCGGAAGGGGAAACGAGGCCUUCAAGACUGAGAGAAACCGCGCACCGAGGGUUUGCGAGCAGGGCGAACCAGGGGUUGAACGAUGGCUCCAAAUGGAGCUGAAACUUGUCGCAGACGUCGCGUUAGUUGGGUUUCCGAAUGCUGGGAAAAGCACUGUCCUGGACGCGGUGUCGAAUGCAAGACCGAAAAUUGCCGACUAUCCCUUCACCACAAUUGUACCCAACCUGGGAGUUGUUGACGGUGUUGAUGGUAUUGAGGGCAUGGUUAUAGCUGAUGUACCAGGUAUUAUUGAAGGAGCCCAUCGGGGAGUAGGGAUGGGUGUUUCGUUCCUUCGCCAUGUCGAACGAUGCAAGGUGGUGGUCCACAUUGUUGACGGAAGCAGUGACGAUAUCAUCCAACGCUAUAAGGCAAUUCGACUGGAAAUGGAACUCUUCGACGAGCGACUUGCCCGUAAAAAGGAAGUCGUUCUCGUCAAUAAAGUAGACCUGCCAGGUGUGAGAGAAAAAUGGGAUUCGUAUAUCAGAGACGAGCUGGUGGAAACUAUAGGCAGCCACAAACGAAUUGCCUUGGUUAGUGCCAAGUCUCGAGAAGGCCUGCUGGAGACAAUGCGGCGGUUGAGUGUGCUUGUGGACAACGUUGAACAAGAAGAUCAUGUCAUUGUCCUAGGAGAGGAAGAGGGUUUCGGAAAGGUUCCAGUCCAAGUCGAAAAGGAGAAGGAGGGACGGUUUGUCGUGAGUGGCUAUAAAGUUGAGAAGGCUUACACGAUGACGAAUUGGGACUACGUUGAAGGGAUUGAUCGAUUCCAGAGGAUCCUGGCGGCACUAGGUGUGAACCAAAUGCUCAUUGACAAGGGCGCCAAAGACGGAGACAACAUCGUUUGCUUUGACAAAGAGUUUGAUUACUACAAGGAGGAAAACAUAUACAGCUGUACUGUACAGUGUACAGAAAAAGUACGAAAGCGUGUGUGGGGACAACGAUCGACUUUAUUGAUAUGCAUCAGAUCUACAAUAGGUACAAACCGAUUGUCUUCAGGUUGCAUUAGACCACCAAAGUUAAUCACCCCGGUAAUCUACGGCAAAGACGACGCGAGUUUCUAA